AUGAAUGCCGUAGACAAUCUAGCGUUUGGGAAUCUGAAUCUUGUGAACAACAUCAACAUUAACAACAACCCGAACAACAACAACAACAACAACAGUGAUUUCGGCUCAGAGCUGGCGUCCGCCGAGAGAGGAACCGCGUCUACGCCCUGCACGCCUCAAGCUGCUCGGCAUGUCCGAAGUCGCCGUCAGGAGCUGGCGACCGGUCACGGAAUGGCUCCGAACAGCCCAUCGGCGCAGCCUCAUCAUACCGGGGGUGCCGCAGCGUUAUUAAAAAGUUCUCUAUUGGAGCAGAAUGGGAACGUGGGCGGAAGUUUGUCCAGCCUUCAAGGCUCCCCUGCGUCAUCGAAGCGGAGCGCCAAGAUGGACAAGAGUAGCGCGAACUUCCUCGAUUAUUAUCUGAGUCUCGAGAGUGCCGUACGGCAGAAACGGGAAGCGUCUGGGAAUCGAUGAAUAUCGCACACUUGCAAAAGGCCGGCCGGAGUGCAUCUUCUGCAAGUCGGAUCGCCUCGGGCUCCAAGUGCAAGUUGUAAGAAUUAUUCUUCCGAAGCUGCGGAUGAGGUUCCGGAGAAGUCCGUCAAACCCGAUGCGCAGGAAGUGCCGGUUGGCUGGGAGAAGCACGAGGACGAAGACGGUGCUUACUACUGGCACAUCGCUACUGGAACAAUUCAGCGAGAGAUGCCCACAAAAGAGGAUACCGAGAAGCUCCAAGAACAACAGAAGCGCCUAGCGUUGCCGGGCGUCACCUUUAGGAACAAGAUGGCGGCCUCAAAUCCAGCGGAUCGAGCCUUGAAACGACAGAGCUGCCCGAUCCUGACCCGGCGCGCCAUUGAUCAAAUGAUCCAAUCGAAUCAGAAAAAAGCGAUCCGCUUCGCUGUCCGCUCCCUGGGUUGGAUGGAGGUGCCUGAGGAAGAUCUCACGCCGGAGCGAAGUUCUCGGGCCGUAAACUCCAUCAUCAAGCAGCUCGGAACCGAAGAAGAAAAUGGCGGAGCCACCCGUGAUAGAUGGGGGAAGGGCAUUGACAUUUACAUGGACAUCGAUGACGAGACUUUGCGUCUGAUCGAUCCGAAUAAGAUCAAAUCGAAGAUUGUGGAAAUCGAUGACUUGUGCACGGAUGAUCUCUUGUGCGGAGCGAGUGCACUCACGGAAGAGAUCGAUGAAGAGGACGAAUGUAUUAUUUUGGAACAGCCCAUUCAUAUGAUCCGCAUGUGGGGAGUUGGCAGAGAUAAAGAUAGUGAAAGGGACUUCGCCUACGUCGCUCGAGACCGGGUCAACAAACACGUCGUGCUUUGCCAUGUGUUUCGCUGCGACAUGCCGGCGAGAAUAAUCGCGACUACACUCAGGGACGCCUGCAAGCGGGCUAUGAUUGAGCGAGGGCUGGUUGUCAAGCGCGACAAAUCUACGGCGCUUCCGGAGGAGCGCAAGAACAAGCGGUUCUCAGAUUUGCUUUUGGGGGCAGAUAGCUUCCCUCAACCCUCGGAAGAAAUCAACAAGACCUUGAAAGCUCUCUACGUGGGCUCCAUCGAAGUGUCCAAACCCGAGGGAAUGGACAUGCUUAUCUCCGCGAUCGAUCGUUUGGUUUCUGUCGUUCCGCCUUAUAGAUAUAGGCCGGUCAAAGUCACUGUGACGACUUCCUGCGUGACCGUGAAGCCGCAAGACAAUGAGCGUGAGGUUGUUUUCGAUGCGCGCGUGCGUUUCAUUGAAUACAUCGGCAUGGGGAGACAGGAGGAGAUGUGCAGCCUCGUCGUAGAUCCGAAUCCGGGGAGCAGCCAAAGGCGAUUUGUGGCCCAUGUUUUCCAUUGCGAACCGACAGCUGCAGCUCUGACGAAAGCUCUCGAAGCCGCCUACAAGCUGAGGUAUCAGAAGUGCCUCGACGCCCACACCCGACCCCAACAAGCAGUCGCUGAACAGCUUCCAUUCAAUCCCAAUCGCGCACCGCCUGUGACCAGGUCAUCGUCUAUUUCGCAGAUCGGAUGUACUCUCCGUAACGUCUUCUCGCAAACCUUAAGACUGGUUGGAUCAACCUCCAAUCAAAUUUAAGCGUUUGUCCCCGGAAGUAAUCGUUAAUUCCUUCGAGCCUCGUAGAGCUGGAGCGGAUAACGGAUCAGUCACCCCAUAGUAUCGAUGAAAGCAGUCAUAGAUGCAAGUGUGAGUACAGCCUGCCUACGAGGAGAGGAGAGCGCCUGGUGAACAACCGACCCUGAGUUCGUGAGAGCAGAUCCAGUCUGGAGAGACUCCAGAACAGCUGUUGUGAAGAGCGUAAAGACAGCUGACGGAAACAUCACCUGACUAGAUACUUUGUUUUAUCUCGCAAGGGAGCAUGAGGAAACUCAUCAUGGAGCAGCCUUUUAUCUGUCUACCAAUUAAGAUUAUCCAAAUAUUCUAUCGAUAUACACAUAAGGUAAAAGAGGAGCGAUUUUGUUCUGUA